GGAGGCUAAAAACUUUAAAGAGAUUGCCAUCGAUAACGAAGAUAUUUCAUGUACUGUAUUAGCAAUAGAAUAUUUGGGUGUAGUGAUGUUUGGGCAGUUUAAGGAUGUGUGUGUGAUGUGUUGGAAAAAGGCUAGCAAAGCACUGAAGAAAUUAGUUGAUGAAAAGGAGUUUGAAGGCGUUUUUAAGAAAGCCAGAGAUUGA